CCCUGCAUUUUCUUUUUGGAGUUUGAUAGUUCUGGCUCUUAUUAGGUAUUUGAUCAUUUUGAGUUGAUUUUUAUAUAAGUUGAGGUAAGGGUUCUCAUUUGUUCUUUGCAAAUGGAGAUCCAGUUUUUCCAGGAUGAUUUGUUGAAAAGACAAUUGAGUGGUUGUGAGGAACUAGGACGUGGGGUCCUGCCCUCUCCUCCAUUAUGAGAUACACAUAGCAGCCUACAUGACCAGGCAACAGGCCUUUCCCCUUCCAGGGGGGAAAGCAUUAAAAUUCCCCUCCCCAAUCACUGUUAGUAACCAAAUCUUGGGAAACCUUGUAACCAAGUCUCAUGAGAUCCUUUGUAACCAAAUCUUGUGAGAAACUCCAUUGUCACAAACUUUUAUAAGCCUCACCCCCUUAGCAUGCCUCUCUCUCUUUUUCAUGUGGUUUACUUUCCGUGGCUGGCCACAACCACGAGACCAUCAUCCCCUGCAACAUGGAGAUUAAAAAUGAUAAGCAUAGAAGAUGGCGGAGUGGUGAGGAGCAGAAUUUCGUCUCUCCCCUAGAGCAGCUGGCAAUUACCCAACAACUAUAUGAAACAGUGUUUUCGGGGUCUCCAGUGACCAGUCACACAUUGGACACAAGUUUGGAAUCGGAGGAAAAGCUGAGAUCACAGCGAACAUUAGAAAUAGCUGAUUUUCAGCUUUCUGUGGAUUCUCUAUUGGAAAACAACAGUGACCAUUCAAGACCAGAUAUUCAAGUUCAAGCCAAGAGACUGGCAGAGAAGCUAAAAUGUGAUACAGUGGUGAGUGAAAUCAGCACUGGUCGAGGUACUAUAAAUUUCAAAAUAAACAGAGAACUAUUAACAAAGACAGUGCUAAAACAAGUAAUUGAAGAUGACUCAAAAUAUGGAUUAAAAAGUGAAUUUUUCUCUGGUCUUCCACAAAAGAAGGUAGUGGUUGAAUUCAGUUCACCUAAUAUUGCCAAAAAAUUUCACGUUGGACAUUUGCGUUCUACCAUCAUAGGAAAUUUUAUAGCAAAUCUCAAAGAAGCAUUAGGACAUCAAGUAACAAGAAUAAAUUAUCUUGGAGAUUGGGGCAUGCAAUUUGGUCUUCUGGGAACUGGCUUCCAGCUGUUCGGCUAUGAAGAAAAACUCCAGUCCAAUCCUUUACAGCAUCUCUUUGAAGUUUAUGUACAAGUUAAUAAAGAAGCAGCAGAAAACAAAAGUGUAGCAAAAUCAGCACAUGAAUUCUUCCAGCAAUUAGAAAUGGGUGAUAUGCAAGCACUUGCACUGUGGCGAAAAUUUCGGGACUUGAGCAUUGAGGAGUACAUUCGGAUUUAUAAGCGUCUAGGAGUACAUUUUGAUGAAUACUCGGGAGAAUCAUUUUAUCGUGAAAAAUCUAAAGAAGUCUUAAAGCUGCUAGACAGUAAAGGACUCCUACAAAAAACAAUAAAAGGACCAGCUAUAGUAGAUCUGUCUGGGAAAGGUGACCCCUCCUCAAUUUGUACUGUAAUGCGAAGUGAUGGGACUUCUCUUUAUGCAACGAGAGACCUUGCAGCUGCUAUAGAUCGAAUGGACAAGUAUAAUUUUGACACCUUGAUUUAUGUGACAGAUAAAGGGCAAAAAAAGCAUUUUCAGCAAGUGUUCCAAGUGCUGAAGAUCAUGGGAUAUGACUGGGCAGAAAGGUGCCAGCAUGUGCCCUUUGGGGUAGUGCAGGGAAUGAAGACCCGAAGAGGAGAUGUUACUUUUCUGGAAGAUGUUUUAAAUGAGAUUCAAUUAAGAAUGCUACAGAACAUGGCUUCCAUUAAAACAACUAAGGAACUUGAGAACCCGCAGGAGACUGCAGAGAGGGUCGGGCUCGCAGCACUCAUUAUUCAGGACUUCAGGGGUUCGCUGUUAUCUGACUAUCAGUUCAGCUGGGAUCGUGUUUUCCAGAGUCGCGGAGACACAGGAGUCUUCCUCCAGUACACACACGCACGCCUCCACAGUUUAGAAGAGGCUUUUGGAUGUGGUUAUCUAAAUGACUUCAACACUGCUUGUUUACAAGAGCCACAAUCUGUUUCAAUCCUACAGCAUCUGCUCAGGUUCGAUGAGGUGCUUUAUCAAUCAUCUCAGGACCUUCAACCCAGGCAUAUUGUCAGUUACCUUCUAACUCUAAGUCAUCUUGCAGCUGUGGCACACAAAACACUACAAAUAAAAGACAGUCUUCCUGAAGUGGCUGGGGCCAGACUUCAUCUUUUCAGAGCUGUUCGUUCUGUCCUAGCUAACGGAAUGAAACUUCUUGGAAUAACACCUGUAUCUAGAAUGUAAUUUCUAAUUAAAAUGGGUUUUAAAAUGCUAA